AUUUUUUUCUGCCUUGCAAGGUGUGGCACUGAUGAAGGAGAUCAAAUAACUACAAGUGAGAGGCCAGGACGCUGUUUAUUCUCUUUAGGAGAAGUUCAUACCCGCAGGGGUUGCCGUGUCGGACCUCCCGUACAUUUCAGUGAUUUCCUCUAGCUGAACAAGGUAAGCAACUCCGAGCGGGGCUGGAGAUUUUUAUCAUACCAACCUAAUUAAGCGGGGUUUGCCUUCUUUUGAAAUUCAAAAUUGAUUUCCUCCUGCUGGGGGGUACAAUAAAUUUUGCAUGGCCCUUUACUCGAGGAGAAACACGUGAAUCAACUCAAAAUGUUUUUUUGAACACUAGUAAUAACGAUAUAUACCAAAAGUAUUAAAUCCAGCAUUGUAUCGCCAAGUGAAACCCAUGCGCCAAGUGAAACCCAUGCACCAAUUUGAACAAAGUACAGUAAGAUGUAAGAUGAAGUACUAACCAAAAGAAGACGACACUUUAGCACUUAGCAUAAUUUUAUUUUAUUUCGCCGUUUGAGUGAUGGUAAAGAGCGAUUUGGCUCGUAUAUCAGCUCCGUGUUCCUGAGCUCGUGUUCACGAUUUUAAAUAUAAUCGGUACUAUAGCAAUUUUUUUCCUUUUACUUGGAAGUUGGAACCAUAUAAAAUAAGGAAAGAAGAUGAAGUUCAAAGCAGAUCAGUUAGCUCUUCUAAAGGAUUUCGUUAACAUUAUGAAGCUCAGUCCCGCUGAAAUUCACAAUCCCAAUUUGAAAUUCUUCAAAGAUUGGAUUGAAAGGUAAAGAAAAGAAGUCGCUGUAACCAUGUGAUUGUGAGCAGCAUAGUCACACAGUAACAGCAUAAAAAAUAAUAAAAAAUGAUAAUAAUUUAAUAAUAAUUUAAUAAUAAUGUGAAAAUAAAAGCUUAUAGGUUGAUUAUCGCUCAAUCCAUUUGUAUAAAUCGACGCUCGUUUUGGAUUCUAAGCUAAUGAUUUAAGUUUCAGUAUCAUAUCGUAUAUAUAUUACAAUUCCUGGAAGUUUGUGCUGACUGUGCAAGUGGUGAUAUGCAACAAUUUUGUGAUGACAUCAUUUCACUGUCUAUGCAACUGACAGAAUUAUAGCACAUAUUUAACAGUUAUUGGAUGAGGUUUUUGUGAUAUGCGGAAUUAUCAAGGUCGAGCUAAGCGUUAUCAGCCACGCCUUCAGCUCGGCUGAUAACUCUUACCAAGACCUUGAUAAUUUUGCAUAUCGCAAAAACCGAAUUUGAUUGUGUUAAAUAGAUACCGCUUGCUAAUCAUUGCAGGCUCAUUUGCAGAUAACUCAGUUAUCUGCUGGCAGAUAACUGAAUGUUCUGUAGGUUGCGUAAUUGCGCGAUUUAACUGUAAGCUCUUAGCCAAUCAAAUUGCUUUUACCAACUACAAUGUAUAAUAUUGUGGGCUAAUGCACCGAUCAAUGUUAUGCCCGACCCUAGGGAGGGUGGGCAAACCCAGAGGCAUUUGACAUUUUCAAUUUUUUGUGUCAAUAGUCGCCACUUUGUGGUCAAUCGUAGUCAAAUGGCCCGCACCCCUGAGUUAGAGGAAAACUACAAAGAUGUUAUAAUCUGCUCAUACAAUUUAUUUAUAUUUAUAAUAUAGCAUUGGUAAAUUCUGAACGCUAUAAAUUGGCUAAGAGCUGUGUUGAUAUAACUUAAUAUAAACACGGAAAUUUCCUGUCGCUCUUGGAUUCAAUUGUAUAAUCAUUAUUUUCUCCUUUCUUAUCAUUUAUUUCCUAGUUAAAUAUGUAUUGAAAAGACAAAAGUUAUCAAGAUUUUAUUUUAAAAAGCCACAAAUGAAGUGAUACUAUUCAUGAAUUCACCUUGCCAUUUUCCUGAAACAUGCUUGUGAAAAUGAUAGGUGACUGGUAACAAGAAUGUCAAAACGCCCGACCCUGGGGAGCUUCCUUGAUGUCAAAUAAAAUAAAAUCCCCGACCCAGAAGCAGGGAAAUCAGGUCAAUUCCCUGUGUAUCCCCGCCCUCCCUAGGGUCGGGCAUGCCAUUGAUUGGUGCAUAAUCUCGAAUGGUCUGUGCCAGCGUAGGUAUAUUAGUGACAAUGUACAAGCUUUCGUUUGUAGGGAUGCAACUACCUGAAAAAUACAAGGAACAUUUCAACGUUUCGAGUGAAAGGCCUUCAUUGGGAUGUUAGUGGCUAAUUUCCCAAUGAAGGGCCUUCGCUCAAAAUGUCAUAUUUCAUAUUGUGGGUUGACUAUACCUCACAGACAUUUGUUGCCAAUAAACUUGGCAUUUAGUUUCGUAAUCUCUUAAUAACAAUCUAACAUUCACCCACAAUGAACACCUUUGCAGAUAGUGUGCUUUUAAGGCUGUACAGUAACCCCAAUAUACCAACAACAAUGAGUAAUCUCACACUAAUAUGCUUACAAAUUUUGUAAUCUCCCACCAGAGAUCUCUGGCUUGGAGUGCAUGGAAUGCACCCUGGUGUAUGGAGUAAUGACUAUGCAAAACAGACAAAAUGUGGUGUUUAACCCAUUGAGCCACAAUGUGCCCCAGUGCGCCCUACUUAUCUUUUUUUACUUGUCUAACACCAGACGAUUUUACUCGUCAAUGGGGAAGCUUGCAGCUUAAUGCCCAGUUAAAAGUAAAAUAUGGAAAUUUUAAUUUUCAUCAAACCCUUUUGGAAUAAACAGCAAUUACUUCAUGUGACUACAAGAAAUUUUUAUUUAUGCCUAGAACCUCUUUGAAGCAAAUAUUUCCACUGAAACCCUAGGGAACAUAAAUUAAGAAAAUUUAUGUAUUGUAUAUGCUAAAUUUCGUCAGAAAUGAAUAAUAUUUUGGCAUUAGCAACUACAUUUAGUUGACCUCCAAUACAUUUGGAGGACAAAAUUUGCAAUUUGAACUUGAUUAUAACUCAGAUACAUUACAGUAAUUAAUAUGUAUUAUAAACGUAUAUGCAUGAUUUUGUUCUGCCCUUGACAAUUAGUAAAAUUAUUUGGCAUUAGACAGAGUAAAAUGAUAAAGUAGGGGGCAUUGUGCAAUUGGGGCACAAUGCAACUUAAUACGUGAAUUUGACAAUGAAAACUACUGACUAUAGUACCGGUAUGUUGAUCUUGUAGAUUGGUUUUCCCUUUUUUGCAUUAUUCUAUUUCCUGUGUAAUUUGUUGAACUAACAAGGCCUCGGCAUAACAAGCUAGGCCUCGGAAUUCGGCAAUUGGCAAACACUAGAGGUGUGCAAAUCCGAUCCGGAUUCGUUCGGAUUUCGGAACCAAAAUAUUCAUUUCGGAUUGGAUUGAUAAAGUUGUUUCGUAGUCGGAUCUGAUCAGACUUCGAUAUCCGAAAUAAAAUUAAUUAAUUGUCCACGCAUUAUCGCAAGAAUUAAUUAUCCAUGCAUUUAUCAAAGCAUCAUCGUGGUUGUCGGUGCAUUAUUCGUUUGAUGCUUCAAUUGGACGUCACUUUGUCAGCUUCUUGACAUGUAUUUCUUGCUUUUAGGGUUAAAUAUUUCAACUUGAAUGAGAAAUUUAUUUUAUUAUUAAGGAAUUCUUCGGAUCGGAUCGGAUUUCUUUAUCAAAACACGGAUCACAUCGGAUUCGGAUUAGACAAUAUCGGAUCGGAUUUUAAACAUUAGGCAAUUGUCGGAUUAUAAACGUCCAAUCCGAUCCGAUGCACACCUCUACCAAACACUGUCAGCUUAGUUGGCGAAAUAUGAUAGAUCUGAAAUUAUACUUUCAUCAUCUGAAUUCAGAGCAAAUUAAUGACUCUUAACUUCACAUAUUUAAACUUUAAGAUGUGUGUAUGCUAUAAACAUAAAUCAAUUGGAAUAGCAAAUCAUACACUAUAGGAAUAUCAAACUAGUGAUGGAGACACUAGGGGAACCAGGGGGCAACCAUCCCCCACCCCACCCCCAUCAAUAAUUUCAAAAAACCUUUGAUUAAUUAACAGCUGCACGAAAGUUGUGACAAAUUACAUGUAUGGUUGAACCUAACCUGAAAUUCAGGCCCUAAUUUUAAAUAGGGCCUGACACAAAACCUGUCUAGUAGACCGUGGGACGCCCAAAUGUUAUUUUUAGACACAGUCAUGCAAUAAUCCAAUAUGAUUGACAAGUGUAAUUGUAGAUUUCAUUGCACACAAAAAAUUAUAUUCUCAUGAACAUGUCCGCAGAGUGUGCAUUUUGCUUUUUAAUUAAACUUAAAAAUUCAAGGUACUUUUAUAUAAUUAAGAAUUCAGUUUCUCUCUUUAACCGAACAGCAAACAAAGAUUUAAUUAGUCAGUUCUGCGCACGGCUUGAAUGCCAAGCUUUCUCAAGGUCUCAACUUGCUGGAUGCGGAUAUACUCUAAUGGGCUAACAACAGCAACAACGAAAUUCUUAAUCGUACCACGUAGGACCUGAUAAAUAAGACUUUUGCCAAAGCCAGUUGGCAGAACAGCAAAGACAACAUGGCUGUGAACAACAAGCUUUCGAAUACAUGACUAAUUUUGCUGUUCUUUCAGCGUCGUGUGUCCAAACUUCGUCAAAGAUUUUAAUAAAGCCCUUUCAAAAUACUGUUUGUUUGAUUUAUUUUCUGCCAUAAAGCAUGCAUAAAAGAAAAGAAAUUCGAUAAUGGAAUUUGACACAUGCAUUUGACCUUAAUUGUCGCCUUGACCGAGCUAUUUUUAAAACUAUUGUUUAUGUGAACUUGCAACCAAUCAAAAUCUUUCAUGAUGCUGAUCGACCAAUCAGAUUUCCAGUCCACCAGAUGGACGGGCAUCCCACAGUUUAGACAGGUUUUGUGUCAGGCCCUAUUUAAAAUUAGGGCCUGAAUUUCAGGUUAGGUUGAACCAAAAAAACAACAUGGUGAGCAAUAGAUAAGCUAUGUAUUGCAUUGAAAUUUAAGGCUGAAACAGGUGACAAGGUCAACAUUUUUUUCAUCCAGCAAAUUACUUUGAAGAAGUAUUAGCAAAUUAGUUACCACAGGAACAUUCUAUUGCCAGUUGAUUUGUAAGUUUGCUGACCUGCUUUACAGUAAAGCUUUGAAGCCUGCAUAAACGUAACAGAAUAUAGUGGUUCUUCAGAUAGAAUAAGGCCAAAAAAAGAAAUACCUGGGUUUCCUAAUUUUCUCAUUGGAAAAACUUAGGUAGGGUACAGUAGGUCGGGUUUUCUUCUUUUUUUUGUUAUUUUUUUUAUAAAAUUAAUGCUCAUGCAUGAGAGUGAUAUUGUACAUCAAUUAUGGCAGCACAGAUGGCUCAAGCAUUUGUUAAAUGUUAUAUCAACUUUGAAACAAACAGGUUAUACUUUAUGUAAAUAGUACAAACUCUUUGCAAACUUCAGAUAAAAAGAUUAGGGUCAGUGAUUUCCGGGUCGGGAAACCAGAAACCCAGGUAUUUUUUAUUUGUCCUAAUGGUUUGAAUCGAAAGUCUACUUCUCUUGUAUGAAAUAUAGUAAAAAUCUAUAAUUUAUUGACACACACUUCUAAAAGACUCAAGGACAAUAUAAAGAAUAAAUGUUAACUGUAUAAUAUAUAAUUUAGUUUUGGAGGAAAUUUGCCCCCUCCACCUGAAGAACCAUCAAGUGAAACAGAAGAUGAAAAAGAACCAAAAGUUGAAGACAUGGAAGAAGUAUAUAAUGUCAUUUUGAAUUCUCGUCAAUUUUAUUCAAAUAAAAUUUAAUUAAACAUUAAAUUGUUACUGCAUAUAAAUUGACAUCUUUUCACCAUCAGAGCUUUUGACACACUUAUUGCCCUAGACUAUUACCAUGUUGAUAUCCCAAUCUAGGUUAAGACUCCAAACCAUUAAUGUUAUGCAAGUGUUAAGUUUUUAUAUUUUGAUAUCAUGGGAAAUGCAAUUUAGGUUCUGUGGUUUUCACAUUACUGCAAGUGAAUGAAGAAAACCCUUGAUCUCUGAAAUGAAAGCAGUCGCACUAAUAAUUGCUCAACCAUGAUUACUUUUUUAUACCAGGAGAAUGAAGAACCAAAGAAAGAAACUACCACAAGUACUAAAUCAACAGAAAAAGAUCCAGAAAGUGAUGAAAGUGCAGAAAGUGAUAUUGGUAUGUAUCUUUGCAGUUCUCAUCUUAAUAUUUAAUAAUGAUAAGACUGCUCAUUUUGAUCACUUUCCCAUGCCUUUUUUCAGAGAUAGAUAAUGAGGGUGUGGUUGAACCAGACACUGAUGAACCACAACCAAUGGGUGAUAUAAAUGUUGAGGUUUGUAAUUGCAAAUUAAAUAGAUUUGUGCUAUAGAUAUAAACCUAAAGGCAGAGUGAUAUACUUCAAUGAAGUAUAUCAAAGUGCAAUUAUAUAUGAACAAUUUAAUCCAUGUAGGAGGUCUCAGAAGAUGAUAUGACAGAGGCAAGUGAAAAACGAUCUGCUGGAGUCAUGGCAAUGAGUGAAGGUAAGCUGAUGUUGUUUUUUGUGAAACAUUAUGCUGCUUGUUUAAUUUAACAGGUAAACUACAUUUUCAUGCAAUAUUGAUUAAACUACAUGUAUAAACGUUUGAACUACUAUGACAUAUUUGUUACCAGUUUCUUACUUUCACGGUUUUAAAAAACUUUUGCUGUUAAAAGAUGAAAUUUUCAAAUUUCAUUGCCUAAGUAAACUCUAUGAAAAAUAGUUCCAUUUUAAAUGGAACUUAAAUUCUAAUAAUGUAGUAGAUUUAUGCGAAUUUUAAAUGUUAAUAAGACAUCAGUAGCUCAGUCAAUAUUACUUUAUUGAAUGUAUAUAUUGAGUUUAAAACAUUGUGCUUAUUUAGGUGAAUUGGAUAAAGCAAUAACCUUAUUAACCGAAGCCGUUUUGAAAAAUCCUCGUUCAGCUCCAACUUAUGCUAAAAGGGCAAGGUAAAUUUUUUGAAAAGUUAUUUUACUAUAAGGUUGACCAGCAGCGUAUAUCAAUGCAUGUUCAUAUUUGAUUUUAAUUACUGAACUUUGAGCUGAUAUAGGUAAUAAUAUAUAUGUCCAACAAGUUCACUUUAUAUGAGGUGGAUCUAUAACCAGCAUGGCAGGCUCUUUAUAAGUAGAACUGAUCACCGGUGACAUGCACCGUCCACUUUUUAAUACUAUAAACAAAAUAAAAAUGCAAGAUUCAAUUAAAUUAUUUAACAAGUAACAUGUUAAACUAUACCAACGUUUUAAAGGAUUAGUGUAUUUUGGAUCUUUUCUUGAACAAAUUAGCUUUAUAUAUGUCAAUCAACCUUAAUUCAGCAAAUCACAAUUCUUCCGGGCUUCCAGGCCUUAAAUAUCGGUCGGUCACGGACAUUGUCCGACCCAUUCGUGAAAUUGUCCGACGUAGAGAGGAAACCACCGGACAUUCUGUCCGACCAAAGUGAAACUGAGGUUUAUUGUUUGUCUGGCGACCCGAGUGCAUUGGUGACCGACCGAACUGUAGCUUUGUCCGACGUAAAUCAAAAUGAACCCUAGCCCAGGACUGGACAUGUUGUUUUAACGUAGUCGAGCGCGGGGCGGCGAGCGAAAUGGUGAAGUGGAAAAUGGGCUUAAGUUGUCGAAAUCUUUUUUAAUACUGCUGUUCUGGCAUGCAAGUUAAUUUUGGCUUGGAAAUAAGUAUGAAAGAAACAAAUUAUUUAAUAUCUUUACAACAUUUACCGUUUAUUCAUUUAUGUCAUUCGGACUUAUUUCCGAGCCGUAAAAACUGAACUGAAGGUCAUCGGACAUAUGUCCGACCCAAACUCAACGUCACCGGACAUUUUGUCAGACGGCCCUGGAAAAGAUAUUUUAAGGCCUGCGGACUUCACGGCAGGCCCUUCGCCCCAUUCCCCUAGAAGAGACAGCAACGCUGAAGUGGAUCCUACUUGAUAAAGAUCGACCAAAGUUCGCCACCUCAGGCAAAACUUCGUCGGUAACGACCUUCCUGACGAAGAACUUUUAGUCGAAAGGGUAGUAUAGGUAAUUGCAUGGCUUUUCCGAGAGAUUAUAUCAUUGUUCCUUUAUAUCUACUGUGGGCGUCAGUUAUUAGAGAGUUUAAGCUUCGCGUUAUACGGCAAACGCCAGGCAAAGAAAAAUUUUACGGUAUCAGGCAAUAAAGAGUAAAUGAACUUGCUGUUUUAAAACUGAAAUACAUAAUUAUUCUUUCGACGCAAGAAAGAAAAUAUGAAACGAAAACGUUCAACGAAAAUUUUGCCAUGAAAGUUCGAACCUGCCGUUUGCCGUUCCCGGAAACGUGAAGUUUAAACUCCCUAUUGAAAUCCGCGCUAGGGUUGUUACAUGCAAAAUUAUUUUUGCUGACUGAAAACAUAAGAAAGAAGAUCUCGCUCUAGCAGUUAUCAAUUUUCGUUGGUGGUUUUCUGGCAGACCGGACUUGAUGAAGGUCGUUUCUCAAGUCAUAUUUAACUUGAUGUUUUAUAUUGACAAAAUUGACUUUAGGAGGUGUCAUUCCCGACUCGCGUGUAGCGCGCAAGCUAAUUGACAGUCGCAUUUCCGUACUUUGUUCCUUCGUUUAUUUUGCUUGCUGCAAGAAAAAUAAAUAUAGAGACAUGAUUGGCUCUUCUCUAGUUAUUUACAGUAUCAUUAAAGCCAUAUAUUUGGUAUAUUUUCAGUUGUUAUAUACGCAUGAGCAAGCCAAACGCGGCAAUUCGUGAUUGCAACCGAGCAGUUGAACUGAAUCCUGAUUCAGCGCAUUCAUACAAGUGGAGAGGUAGAGCAUACAUGUAAGUAACGAUUAUUAUCUUAAGCUUCCACUAUAUUUAACUAUGUACAUUGUAAUAAUGUUAAUACACCUGCAAUUCGUGGAGCCAGUCAUGCAUGGAAAUUUUACUUGCCAAUUUGGUAAACACUUGAGGAAAAAACAAACUUAUACUUCUGAGUGACUGUAAAAAACAAAAUGUUAAUUUUAGUUAUAGUGUGAAAGAUUUUAACUUAUAUUCAUUCAGUAAUUAAUGUUUUGUUUUUAUUUGUACUGACUGCCCAUGCUUGUUACAAAUGUGCCAGGGUUUAGCUGAUAUUAGUGCUAGCUCUGAGGCCUGAGCUCAGUCUUUUUAUCAAACCUUGGCGAUUUGCAUUAUUGCUCAACAACCAAUCCCUUAAAAUCGUCAGCUUUGCGCAGCCUAUACACAUGUCGUUAUAGAUGUGUUGUGUCGUGUUAUUAAAUUUGGAUGUGAAAUCGUCCUGAAUAAUGUGCAACACAGUGAAUAAGUAGCAAUUUGUUAUCUCUUGAUUUUGGUAUACUGCACGUAUAUUCGAAAUUACUGCUGUGUCUUGGUUUGUGAUUGUUAGGUUGUUAGGAGAGUGGGAGAAAGCUAAAAGUGACUUGGCAACAGCAUGUAAGAUUGACUGGGAUGACCAGGCUAAUGAAUGGUUGAAAGCUGCUGCACCAAAUGUAUGUCCUUGCAUGCAUGUAUACUGUAUGUAAUGAGAAGUAAAAAAUUGAUAAUAACUUCUUAUUAACCGAACGCGAGGUCUGUACAGAGAAAUAUCGGACCGAGGUCUUUUUUGUACAGACCGAGCCCGUAGGGAGAGGUUUGUAUAAAAAUACCAAGGUCCGAUAUUUCUCUGUACCGAGCAAGCGAGGUUAAUAAAAAGUUUAUUAUAUGGCAUUUAUAGGCAUUUAUACUUGAAACAAACAAGAAAUGCAUGAUUUGAAAUGCAAAUUAGUAGCGUUGUACACAUUUGGUCGAAGAAAACAAAAAAUACCAAUGUAUACCGCCGGUCCAUUACGGGGAAAUAAUGGGCCGCUGAAAGUGCUUCUCAUCCAAUCACAGUCCGCCAUUUCAUCGGAAGUGAUAUUUGCCAUAUAAUAAAUUAAUAAUUAAUAAUAAUGCAGUUUCGUGUCAGUAAUGUAUACUUGUUAAUUUCUCACUUUUGUACUGACUAUGGCAUACAAAAAUUUGAAAUCCUGCGAUAAAACAAGACGUUUCCUAAGAUAUGUAGUUUCACAACCUUGUUCCAGUUCUUUUUUGCCCAGUUUUGGUAAACGCAUUUUGUGAAUUGUGUUCAUAUUUAACUUGUUUCUACCAGUUUACGCAAUAUUUUUCAGUUAAAGUUGGGCCUAUAUUAUUAACCUACUGUAAUAACCUUUCUAUAAGCUUUCGUUUGAAGUAUUAUCCGAGCACAUAUUUCGGACGUAAAAUAAUCUGCAUAAUAUAUAGAAAACAAAUGAGUUUUAAUAUAGCAAAACGAGGUCCAUAAUAUGGUUAACAACAUACGUAUAUGAGAACGUCCAACAAUGCAUUGAUCUUGAUAUUUUUCGUCUUUUUCAAGCAUAUUUCAACGCAAUUCGGAGAAUAUAAGUUUGAUAAAUGCUUUUUCAUUUCAAGGCAUUAAAGAUUGAAGCACAUAAACGAAAACAGGAACGAAAGAGAGAGGAAAAAGAAAUAAAAGAGAGAAGGUACAAUGUCACUCACAUUGUAUCAUAAUUUUGUAAUUGUUGUAAUAGACAAUCCAUAUUUUUCGUGUACGAAUUUGUUUUUCUUUGAUAUUGAUCCCAAUCACAAAUUUAACCUUAAACGUACUGUGUACGAAACAUGAGUAAGUAAUCACAUAAAACGAGGCCAUACACUGGGCAAGAGGACAAUAAACAGUACAAUAGCCAAUUCCCAUUAUAGACUAAUUUUAAAACUAGGCAAGGAGAUGCAAAUAAAUCACAACAGCUAGAAAGAGCAUACUAAAAUUAGUAAAAUUGCAAUAUAGCCUUGCAACGUUUGCAAAUUGUGUAUACUUUUGUAUUGCUUGCGGAGAUUACUAUAUACCAUUUUCGGCCCAAAUGUGGUAGGAAUGUGGUAGCAAUUUCCGCACGCAAUACAAAAGUAUAGUAUUACAAAAUUUGCGAACUUUGCAAGGCUAUAUUUUCCACAUUUUACAACAUUUCGCAACCAAACUUCGCAAUUUUACUAAUUUUAGUAUGUUCUUUCCGGGAAUAUACUUUCUUGCCAAUAUAAAAAAUUAGUCUAUAAUGGGAAUUGUCUGUUAUUGACUUCGUUUUACACCUUUCUUAUCUCCACACCAAGAUGUUGUUAUCGCAUGCCUUGCCUGUUUGGUGGUUAGGUUGGUGGUAAUAUAACAUUGGCUACGUUAUAUACUGUACAACAGGCUCAUUGCUCAAGGCGGUUAACAAUAUAAAGUUGUAACGUAUACAACCGAACGCGUAAUGUAGUAUUACACUGUAUCAUUACUUCACUUGCAUGACUGGGCGAAUAAAAUUAAAUGAAUAAAGCUGAAGAAAAUAAAUUAAAUGAAGUCAAGAAAAGGGACAUGCAAUGUACACACAGCUCCAAUCAAGAUUUUCACAAGCGGGAAUGUUUCAGAAUCUAAAUGAUGGGUCUAUACUGUAGUUCAACAUUUUAAACAGUGCACCCUACCCAUUGUGUGGUUUGUGUGCUUGUAGAAAUUGUAAUUCUUUUACUUGAAUAUUUUAAUUCUUUUUUCAGGAAAAGAGUGGAAGCCGCUAAAAAGGUUGGUUAUUUUGUCCUAAUGCAUGCAGUAUUACCAUGUAACAUUUUUAUUGCUUUGGAGUUAACAUUUUUAUUGCUUUGGAGCUAGUGAACAUGGAGGUCGGGAGAGUUUGCCUCUAUUCAACGGUACAAACAAAACAUAGUAUUGCGCAUUAAUUUGUGGAAUUUGACCUCUCUACUAGGCCAUAUGUGUUCGAUCCAUAGAUAUAUCAUAUACAUAUAUGAGAUAUCUGUAUGGUUCGAUCCCGUUCUUAGUCCAAUUUAUCAUAUGCUGCAAUUUGUACUGUUGUUGUAUUUCGCCCGUUCAGAUUUUUAAACCUGAUGAAUGGAGAGGCCAUAUAAGUGUAUAUUAGUGAUAUAAAAUUUAAACCCGGGAGGGGGGGGGGGGGGGGGGAAGUAAUGUGUCGGUCACGUUGUAUAGACGCAUGAUGCAUGUUGUUACUGGUUAACCUGGACAACGGAUUUCUCAAGAUGUCGGUUUUUGGACUUUGUUCCUUCUUACACUUUGUUCCUUCUUACACAAAUUAGCUGACGGCUAUAAUUCCGUACUUAAACAUAGGACGUUGAAUAAAUUCUAUUUUCCCUUAAUACGUUUUAUUGUUGAUAUUAUUAGGAACGUGAAAGAGUACAGCGUGAGGAAGAAGAA